AUGGCUCUCGCCCGCGACGUCGCCGCCUUCAAAACCGCCCUCCACCGCCAGGACUACACCUCCUGGCACUCCCACCCCCCUCCUCUCCAGCCCGGCGCCCCUGCCCAUGCACCCGCGGCUCCGUCGGAUGGUGGCGAGUCCUCCAAGAAAAAGAAGCGGCCAAAGUCCAACAUCGUCUACUCUCAGCCUGCCGACACGGGCUCGGGGACGAACAUCAACACCCAGCUUGUGUACCUCGUAAACCACCUCAAGUCUCAUGGCAACCCCAUGCGUCUCCAGGACCUGGCCAUCUACACGAGCACGCCUGUGGACACCGACAAGGUCCUUCUUGAGAAGUUCAGGGGACACGAUCGUGUCGUCCAUGACCCCAAGACGGACCUGUACUCGUACCGGCACGACUUCAACGUGCGCAACAAGGCUGCCCUCCUCACCGAGAUCCAGCGCCAGACCCGCAAGGGCGGCGGGCUCUCGAUCCGCACGCUCAAGGAGAGCUGGAAGGAGGCGCCGCAGGCGGUCGAGGAGCUCGAGAAGGAGGGCGAGGUGUACGUCACCCGGACGAUGAAGGACAACCAGAUGCGGAUGGUGUUCUGGAACGAGGUCAAGCCGGUCGAGGAUCAGGGCGGGAUGGCCGUCGACACAGAGUUCUCCGACCUCUGGCACAAGCUCGAGGUGCCGAACGACGUCGACCUGCUCAAGGCUCUUGCGUCCGAGGGCCUCCAGGCGACCGCGGCCGCCGCGCCGCGGCAGGUCCGCAUCACCAACACCCACUUGAAAGGCACGAUCGACCUCUCGCGCGACUACAUCACAUACGACGAGUAUUCGGCGCCCAUACUUGCCGGGUGGUAA